GAGCUGUGCUCUGACCUGUUCAGGGGAACACUGAAUCCUGUGGAGAAAGCCCUUAGAGAUGCCAAAAUGGACAAAUCCCAGAUCCAUGACAUUGUCUUGGUUGGAGGUGCUACGAGAAUCCCCAAAAUCCAGAAACUUUUGCAGCCUUUCUUCAACGGCAAAGAGUUGAACAAAAGCAUCAAUCCAGAUGAGGCAGUGGCUUCCGGUGCCGCAGUUCAGGCUGCCAUCUUAAUGGGCGACACAUCUGGAAAUGUCCAGGACCUGUUGCUGCUGAAUGUGGCCCCGCUGUCUCUGGGCAUGGAGACCGCAGGUGGAGUCAUGACCGCUCUCAUCAAUGGCAACACCACCAUCCCCACCAAGCAGACCCAGAUCUUCAGCACAUAUGCAGACAACCAGCCCGGUGUUCUGAUCCAGGUUUACGAAGGUGAAAGAGCCAUGACAAAAGACAACAACCUGCUGGGGAAGUUUCAGCUGACGGGCCUCCCACCUGCACCUCGAGGAGUCCCUCAGAUUGAGGUGACCUUUGACAUUGACGCCAAUGGCAUUUUGAAUGUGUCGGCAGUGGACAAAAGCACUGGCAAAGUGAACAAGAUCACCAUCACCAACGAUAAGGGCAGGCUGAGCAAGGAGGAGAUUGAGAGGAUGGUGCAGGUUGCAGACAAAUAUAAGGCAGAGGAUGACCUGCAGAGAGAGAAGAUUGCUGCUAAGAACACUCUGGAGUCCUAUGCCUUUAACAUGAAGAACAGUGUGGAAGAUGAGAACUUGAAGAGCAACAUCAGUGAGGAUGACAAGAAGAAAGUCAUUGAGAGGUGCAACCAAGCCAUCAUGUGGCUGGAGAACAACCAGCUGGCUGAAAAGGAGGAGUACGUACAUCAGUUGAAGGAGCUGGAGAAGGUGUGCAACCCCAUCAUCGCCAAACUGUACCAUGGAGGGAUGCCAGCUGGAAGCUGUGGAGCUCAGGCCCGUGCCCGCUCAGGGGCCGGCACCCAGGGGCCCACUAUUGAAGAGGUCGAUUAGGGACGUGAACUUCUUGUAUGGACUCAGAGUGCUCUUUUUGAAUUAGUUUCUCCUGAAGAAAAUGUUGUUGCCUGUAUUGUUCAGUUGUGCUUCACAGCAUGUGGAGAACUAGCUGAUGUGGACAAUAGCAUCUUUUGUCAUUGCUAGUGCA